AUGCUGUAUGCCGAUUACUUUACAGAUGAACCGUUGCACCUUGAGGCAGUAUUCAGGCGCCGGUUCGGGAUGAGACGGGAUCUCUUUCUGAAGAUUAUGUAUGCCAUCCGGAACUUGGACCUCUACUUCCGAUGCAAACCGGACUGCACCGACAUGAUUGGGUUUUCCUCGCUACAGAAGUGCACAGUUGCUAUGAGACUGCUUGCAUGUGGAGCUCCAGGUGGCAAUGCCGAUGACUAUCUGUGCAUGGCCGAGAGCACCGUCAUUGAUUGCUUAUAUAAAUUUUGCAGGACAAUCAUAGCAGUGUUCGGGGAACUAUACUUGAUAUCGCCCACUACUCAAGAUACUGAGCGGAUACUUGCAAUCAAGGCAGCAAGUGGAUUUCCUGUGAUCCUUGGAAACUCAAACAACAACAUCAACAUCUUGCAGUGCUCGCCUGUCUUUGCGAAGCUUGUUGAGGGCCAUGCUCCCUCAGUGAACUAUGAGGUUAGUGUGCGCCACUAUAAUAAAGGAUACUACCUUGCAGAUGGCAUCUAUCCUACAUGGUCAACAUUUGUGAAGAUGAUUUUAAGCCCGAAGUUGCCAAAAGAAGUGCGGUUUGCCAAGGAGCAAGAAGCUGCCAGGAAGGACGUCAAGCGAGUCAGCCGCUCCUUCUCCGCCUUGGUUUGCCAAUCACCGGCGCGGGUAGCAGCUGUGCUCCAUCGCACCAUCGACAUCGUCUCCGUCUACAACACCAUGGCCUGCACCUCGAGCUCCUCCACCGCCUGA